AUGAAAUGUGAACCGCCUCCUGAUGUGAAAACAUCAUGUCAACCAGUCCUGAACUGUGAACGCCCUCGAAAUGUAAACACUUACUGUCAACCUGCCAUGGACUGUGAACGCCCUCGAAAUGUGAACAAUUCGUGUCUACCAGCCAUGGACUGUGAAAAGCCUCGUAAUGUGAACACUUCAUGUCAACAAGCCAUGGACUGUGAAGGGCCUUGUUACGUGAACACUUCGUGUCAACCAGCCAUGGACUGUGAAAAGCCUCGUAAUGCGAAUAAUUCAUGUCUACCAGCAACGGACUGGGAAAAGCCUCGUAAUGUGAACACUUCAUGUCAACCAGGAAUGGACUAUGAACGGCCUUGUGAUGUGAACACUUCAUGUCAACCAGCCAUGGACUGUGAACGGCCUUGUGAUAUGAACACUUCAUGUCAACCAGUCAUAGACUAUGAACGCCCUCGAAUUGUGAACACUUCGUGUCAGCCAGCCAUGGACUGUGAACGCACUGUGUACACAUUUUGCCAUCCACUCUAUAAAUAG